GGAGUAAUUAACCAAUCACACAGAGUUAGAAGUUGUUUUUUUUUAAGUUAGAAGCUUCGUGAAUCAACAARAUGGAAAGUCGUUCAUUUAAAAGACAUUUCAGUCUUCGUGACUCUGUCGAAAAAGAAAAUGGAGAUGACCAGCAGCUGUUGAAGGUUAAAAAAGAAGMAGAGGUUCCUCAUCYGUGCAGCUCYGGUCUGGAUCAGCAGAACCMAGAACUCCUCCACWUAAAGAAGGAAGAAAAUGAGCUUCCUGUGAAGAGUGGAGAUGAUGAGAAACCUCAGUUAGUUCAAAGUGAUCUGCGGCUGUUGAAGGUUCAAGUGGUUCUUCRUCGAUUGAGCUACAGUCUGGACCAGCAGAACCCAGAACUCCUCCACAUAAAGAAGGAAGAAAAGGAACUCCAGUGCAGCGAGGAAGGAGAGCAGCUUCCUGUGGAGAGAGAAGAUGAUGAGAAACCUCAGUUAUUCCAGCUUCAUCAGAUCAAAACUAAAAACAACAGAGAGACAGAAACUCCAACCAGCAGCUCAGCUGAACUCAUGAAGACAGAAACUGAUGGAGAGGACUGUGGAGGACCAGAACCAGACAGGAACCAGAGUCCAAAUACUAACUUACAGCCAAACACUGAUGAGAGGGCGUCAGACUCUUCAGAGACUGAAGACAGCAAUGAUUAUGAUAAGGAUGAAAACAUGUCAGGUUCUGGAUCUGACAAUGAAGACAGUGAUGAAGAUUGGAGGGAAACCAGGACACCUGGAUCAGAACCUCCAGCUAGCUGCUCAGCUGAGCAKAUGAAAACAAAAACUGAUGGCAAGGCCUGCAGAGACCCAGAACCAAAUAGAACCCAUAAACCAAAUGAAAAGACCUUAAACAUUUUAAGGUCUGAAGAUGAUGAUGAUGAUGAUGAUGAUGAUGAAAUGUCAAGUUCUCUAUCUGAAAAUGAAGACAGUGAUGAAGAUUGGAUGGAAACCAGGAAAUCUGGAUCAAAACCUCCAGCUAGCGGCUCAGCAAAGCAGACAAAAAAGCCUGAUGGCGAGGACCGCAGACGCCCAGAACCAGACAGGACCCAUAAUCGAAAUACUCGUUUAAAUCCAAUUACUGAUAGAAAGGCUUCAGAUGUUUUAAGGUCUGAAGACAGUGGUGAUGACGAUGAAAAUAUGUCAAGUUCUCUAUCUGAAAAUGAAGACAGUGGUGAAGAUUGGAGGGAAACCAGGACACCUGGAUCAGGAGUAAAAGGCAAAGUAAGACGUAAAAAUGUAGAGAAAUCCUUCAGCUGCCCGGAGUGUCUCAAACAGUUUGUCAACAAGCAGWCUCUUCAGAAACACAUGACUUCUCAUUCAGGUAAAAGCUCUGGCAGUUUGGUGGAUAAGAAACUUUCUAGAGAAAAACAMAUUAGAGCAGAGAAACGAUUUGRUUGUGUUGAUUGUGGUAAAACAUUUGAAUCUCAGACGUACCUUAAACUUCACAGGAGAAUCCACACCGGAGAGAAACCGUAUACUUGUGAGAAGUGCAGUAAAUCAUUUAGACUUUUAGCAAGUUUCAGAUAUCACAUGAGGCACCACACAGGAGAGAAGCUGUUUCAGUGUGAGGUGUGUGAUAAAAAAUUUCGCUCACAAAUAGAUCUAAAGCAACACACAGCCAUUCAUACAGGGAAAAAACCGUUCGCCUGCAGUAGUUGUGGUCGAUGUUUCAGACUUCGCGGGGAUCUUAAUGUACACAUGAUAAGUCACAAGGGAGUGAAACCAUUUGUCUGCGGGGAUUGUGGCAUGCGAUUUUCCCGACAGGGAUCUCUGAACAGACACUCUAAACUCCAUACGGAGGAGAAGCCCUUUGCUUGCGAUAAGUGCGACAAAACGUUUUUCCGAAAGCCACAUCUUGACAGCCACGCCUUGGUUCACUCAAGGGAUCAGAAAGACGACACUAAAGAUAGACCGUUUGCUUGUAAAGAAUGCAAAAAGAGAUUUGUGCAAAAGAAACAUCUUAAUGCGCACACAUUUCUUCACACAGGAGAAAAACCAUUCUGCUGCGACAUUUGUGAUUCGAAAUUUGCUCGACCCGAUGCUCUGAAGAGUCACAAAAUGCGAGUCCACCACAAGUAGAAAUCACUUUGUUCUGAUGUUUAUUAUUCUGAGGAAAUAUUUAAUAUUUAUGGUACUUUAUGUCAGAGGUGGUGAAACAGCAGUUUGUCCGGUUGGAUCUAUCGGAGGAAGUGUGAUUGUUAUGGAAAUAUUUAUUCAACAAAGACAGAAAUAUGUGGUCAUGAUUAUUAAAUGUGAUUAAAGACAGGGAUGAAAAAACUUAGGAGCUGGAAGGAAGUGUGGAAGAUCUUGAACAAUGGGCCUCAUGUAAGAACAUGUUYGUAUUCUUAUCCUAAAUUUCUCUUACUUUUGUUCGUACAAAGGGU